GUUUUGUAUGAGUAAAGAUGGCGCGUUCAAAGUUGUGGGGGCGUGUCGGAGCCGUAUCAGGGGCUUUGGCUGUGAUAGCAGGGGCUUAUGGGGCACACGGACUAAGACGCAGUGAUAUAGAUGAUUAUCUUAAAGAGCUAUUUGCAACAGGGAACCAGUACCACUUCCUGCACAGCCUGGCAUUAUUGGCAGUACCACAUUGCAGACGCCCACACUUGGCUGGAUCUUUCCUAACAUCUGGAAUGGUUCUCUUCUGCGGAACAUUUUAUUACCAUGCUUUGACUGGAGACCCCACUCUUACCAAAGCUGCACCCUAUGGGGGAACACUCCUUAUUUUGGGUUGGGCUGCUAUGGCACUUUGACAUUUUUGUUUUCUGUAACAGGUGUCGGACUUUCCAUGUAAGCUCAGGUUUGUUGUAUUUCGUGGAUGGUGAAAUGGAUACAAAAAUUAUCAGCGUAAAUGAGAAUAUAAUUUUUUGGAUGCUAAAGUACAUUAUUCAUUGCUUUUUCAGUCCUCAGCUUUAUUUUUUUUUUACCAUUCCUUGGCCAAUUUUUGCCUCUUGCUUCUAUGUAAUUACUUUUUGGUGAUUUUUCUAACUUUGUAAAAAAAUGUAAAGUGAAACGAACUAUAUAAAAAAUGCUUUACAAUGCUUGGUUUUAUUGUA